AUGUCGUCAGGCACCACCAACACGAUCAAGACCAACAAGCCGGUAUUCGUAGCUACCCAUCCCCGGGCGUGCUCUACCGCGUUCGAGAGGGUAAGAUUGAGAUCACGGGGAAGAGCAUCUCUCGAUUGACACGUUCCUCCCAGGUCUUCAUGACCCGCCGCAAAAGCAUCCAUACCAUCCACGAGCCAUUUGGAGACGCCUUCUACUAUGGCCCUGAGAGGAUGGGCAGUCGUUUCGAAAAUGAUGAGGAGGCUCGUGUUGCUUCUGGCUUCAGCGAGUCGACUUUCAAGACCAUCAUGGACAGGAUUGAGGGCGAAGCGGCAGAUGUGAGUACCUUCUUCCUUCUCCCAUGGUCUGCAUUUCAAUCGCCAUAUUGUCCGAUAUUCCACGCAAAUCCGAAACGCUGGAACUACCUGAAACGUGAUUGCACGGACACUCGUCAGAAGUGAGACCGAUCACGACUUCAGGACCGACCGCCGAUCGUUUUGGAAAUGCCUCAUGCUCUCCGAAACGCUCAGUCCAAAACGCGCAAACGCAUGAGACUUCUUUCCCUGAACAUAUCGCUCACCAAUCUCAGGGCAAGCGUGUCUUCAUCAAGGAUAUCACGCACUAUCUCCUUCCCCCGAACCAUCAGGUCCCACGUAUUGCUCCGUCUCUUCACACCAUCAAGCGUGGAGUCGGUACAAAUGGUCUCCCCGUUAUCGCUGACGCUGAUGACUCCUUGGCCGACACCAAGGAUGUUUUCAACGACAGCGACCACGAUUCGGGCGUCGUGGUAUCCACCCCACCGACGGACAGCCCACCAAAGAGUCCGCCGUUUCCCUACGAAGGGACCAAGGCCGAGCCUAGAAACCCAACCGUAGUCCCCAGGGAGAUUCUCGAGAAGUUCCACUUCACCUUCUUAAUUCGCCACCCAAGAUCGGCUAUCCCAAGCUAUUACCGCUGCUGUAUCCCUCCUCUUGUCGAACGCACCGGGUUUACCCCCUUCAUGCCGGAGGAAGCCGGGUACGAUGAGCUUCGUCGCCUCUUCGACUAUCUGAAGGAAGUGGGAUUGAUCGGCCCCAAGAUCGCAGGGCAGUCAGGCCAGAACAAUGUCGAAAGCGAACCCGGCCAGGUCGAGAUCUGCGUUCUUGAUGCGGACGAUAUGCUGGAUGACCCGGAGGGUGUCUUGAAGCAGUACUGUGAUUCGAUCAACUUGGACUUUCAUCAAGCGAUGUUGAAUUGGGAUUCGGAAGAGGCGCAUGUCUUCGCCAAGGAGCAGUUUGAGAAGUGGAACGGAUUCCACGAUGAUGCCAUUAACUCCACGGACUUGAAGCCCCGGCAGCACGUAAGUAACCUGUGUUGUCAGCUAUUCGGGCACCGAGGAAUCCAUUGGCUGACUUGACUUGUAGAAACACGCCCCGAAGAGUGACGAGCAGCUGUACAAGGAGUGGGUCGACAAGUAUGGCCAAGAAGCAGGAGACUUGAUCAAGCGGACCGUGGAUGAGAAUCUGGCGGACUACGAGUACUUGAAGCAGUUUGCUAUCAAGAUCUGA